AUGUGUUCCUUAUUUUGUGCGUGUACAGAAAGUAGUGGGCGACCUGGGAUAAAUUUUGUUUUACGCUUGGGAUUUGGAAGACGAGGAGAGUAUUCGUCGGUCGCUUAAAUACAGCAACGUGGUCGUUAACAUGGUUGGAACUAGAAUGGAAACGAGGUAGGUACUUUUGUUAAGGUUUUUGUUGAUUUUAGGUAAUUUGAAGAAAUUAGGAACAUUUUACAGUCUAUAUUAUAACUUUUUAGGUGGGUCCUUUAAUUGUUUCGUUAGUUCCGGCUUUUACGAGGUUUUUCACAAUUUUUUAUUACGAAAGGAUUAAUGGAUCCGUGGUAUUGACCCGGUAGAAUAAAGUGCAUAAUAAAGGUGUAAAAACUUAUUGAAGACUCUGAUUUAUUUCAAAAAGUUUGAUAAAAGCGGUAUUUUACUCAAUUUUCUGAAAAAGAUGAAUUAAAUUACUGACAACAUUUUCCAGAAAUCUUUUGCUUUUUUAUGAUUUGUAGACAUAGUUCUUACCAUCUUAGUUCACAACGUUUAAAAACCCGAAACUUUUUAAAUUACAAAUUUAUUAUUUUGAAAAAUUGUAUGAAACAUAGGUUGAGGAUAAAUCAUUGCCCGUUCUAACAACACACAAAGAUUUUUUUCCGGGAUUACAAAUGAUUGCAAUAAGACUAAACAUAUAUUCACUUUUCAAUGGUCAUACCUAUGUUAAGAGGUAAUUGUUCAGAAGAACAAGCCAAUAUCUGGAUUCCAAAGGCCUUGAAGGGCGAAUUUAUUGGCACUUAUGCUCAAACUGAAAUGGCUCAUGGUACCAAUUUGAAGAAACUUGAAACUACUGCAACAUACGAUCCACAAACCCGAGAAUUCGUGUUAAAUUCACCUACAAUCAGUUCGGCCAAAUGGAUUCCGGGCAAUUUGGGAAAAUCGGCCAACUUUAUCGUAGUAAUGGCACAGUUGUACACUCUGGGCAAAUGCUAUGGUCCACAUGCUUUUAUGGUACAGAUCAGAGACCCGACCACUCACAUGCCAAUGCCUGGAGUUGAAGUUGGAGAUAUUGGACCGAAAAUUGGGAUUAAUUCGAAUGACAACGGCUAUUUACGAUUACAUAACAUCAGAAUACCGCGGUUGAACACGUUGAUGGGACAUUCCAAAGUCUCUUUGGAAGGAAAGUUUUCAGCUCCAGUACACUCAAAGCUAGCAUAUACGUCGAUGAUGUAUGUGCGAUCUAUGAUGGUAGGAUUGAUGGGCUUGGGUUUGGCUCAAGCUGCUACAAUUGCUACAAGAUAUGGAUGUGUUAGAAGACAAGGAGAGAUUUUGGAUGGGUAUGUGAAAGUUUUUGAAAGACAGAAGGGGGGGGUAAUUUUUUAUUUAUUUAAUUAAGGGGGUAAAUAACCUCUAUUAAUUAAGCGAUGGUAAUAUAAAAUUUUUAAAGAUUAGUACCAUAAAAUAAAAUUUUUAGCCAAGGAGAAGUGAAGAUUUAG